AUGAUUUUUAGAAAAUCCCUUGAUAAUGGUAUAAAUAAUUGGAAAUUUAUAAAAAAUUAUAAACAAAAGAAAAUAAAUAAUCAAGAAGAAUUUAAUAAUUAUCAAAAUACAUUUUUAGAUAAUUUUAUUGUCUAUCAAAGUACAAGACCAAAAAAAAUAAGUAGAAGAUCUAUAAGUAAUGCAGUUAUUGAAUCAGCACAUUGUGAACAUAUGGAAUUGAUAGAAUGUGAUUCUUAUGAAACAAAUGAUAUGAAAUGUCUUGUUACUGCUACUGGAAUGCCUUGUUGUGUAUGUACUGGAAAAUUAAAAUCAUUAAGAAAAGUUAAGAAAUGGAUUGUUUGGUGA